GUGCCAUAUUUCUCAAGCAACAAUAAUUUUUAAAAUGUGCCAAGCAGUGUAUUUAGGUUUGAUGGCAGUGGCACUCAGUCUCGCAACAGGUGCCACCCAUGCAUCUGUCAGGGUGGCGAGGCAGGCGAGCGCCGAGAGGUCGCUGGGUCUCCCGAGCAACUCCUCCUCCGUCAGGCAGAACAUCCGGGACACUUUCAGCUGCGACGGACUCUCCUACGGUUACUACGCGGACGUGGACAACGACUGCCAGAUCUUCCACAUCUGCUACCCGUACCUGCAGGGCGAUGGAUCCACACAGAUGUUCAAGUGGUCUUUCAUUUGUCCAGAACAGACGAUCUUCAACCAGGAGACGCUGACGUGCACGAGGCCGGAGGACGCCGUUCCCUGCGAGGAGGUGGCGUCCUUCUACUUCGUCAACGGCGCCUUCGGGAAAGUGGACGAGCCAUUCAGUAAAAACGAGAUUUAGGCCUACCGUGGCACCCUCCGAGGCACUGGGCGGCUCUCGGCAGGUGUCAACUCUGUGGGUAGUCACGACGACUAUGUGUGCCAGAUUUAUUAUUAAUUUUAUUGCUGUCUCUUGUUUUGUAGUGUUUUUUUUAAUGUAUAAAUGUUUCUGUGUAUCUUU